AACUCUUCUCUCUCUCCAAAAUUUAGUAUAUAGCCCGCUCUAGCUUUACCGCUCCCCUCUCUAUUCCCCGCUCGCCGCCGGGAUGCGUUGGCUCCAGGAUUAGGGUACAGUGCGCCGGUGGUGGGCCCCAAGGACACAAUGUUUCUCAACUCCCUCAGCUCCGCCAUCUCGUUUGUCCCCGCUGCUGGUCGCCUGCGCUGCCGGCCCCCGGCUAUCCGCGCAAUGGACGCCGCCCAGCCGUUUGACAUGGAGGCUCAGGCCUCUGAUCUCAUGGAUCGGCGCGUACGCCUCAAGAUCGCCAUUAUAGGGUUCGGCAAUUUCGGACAGUUCCUCGCUCAAACCUUCGCCCGGCAGGGGCACACCCUACUCGCUCAUUCCCGUACUGACCACUCGGCCGCCGCAGCCUCUCUUGGCGCUUCAUUCUUUUCCGAUCCCAAUGACCUCUGCGAGCAGCAUCCGGAUGUUGUUCUCCUCUCCUCCUCCAUUCUCUCUACUGCCACCGUCCUCCGCGCCCUCCCUAUCCAACGCCUCCGCCGUAACACACUAUUCACUGAAGUCCUCUCCGUCAAGGAGUUCCCCAAAAACCUCCUUUUGAAGCACCUCCCACCCUAUUUCGACAUCCUCUGCACCCACCCCAUGUUUGGUCCUGAGAGCGGCAAAGAUGGUUGGGAUGGCCUCCCCCUGGUCUAUGAGAAGGUCCGCAUUGGGGACUACGGCGACCGUGCGGAGCGGUGCAAGAGAUUUCUUGAUAUUUUUGAGCGCGAGGGCUGCCGGAUGGUGGAGAUGUCUUGUGCCGAGCAUGAUGCAUGUGCUGCCGAGACUCAGUUUUUGACCCAUACUGUGGGGCGCUUACUUUCUAUGCUAGAUCUCAAGUCGACCCAGAUUGAUACCAAAGGGUAUGAGGCACUGCUGAAGCUGGUGCAGAACACAGGCAGCGAUAGCUUCGAGCUUUACAAUGGUCUGUUUAUGUACAAUAAAAACUCUACGGAGCUGCUGGAAAGACUGGAUAUGGCUUUUGAUUCUUUGAAAAAGGAUCUUUUUGGGAAAUUGCAUGAUGUUCUGAGGAAGCAGCUCUUUGAGGACUCUUCAGAGAAUUGAUGUACAAGAGUUACUGGAGAAGUAUAAAGAAUUAUUGGUGAACUAGUGGAUUCAAUUUCCUCCCAUCAAUUAGGGAGUCAAUUCAGGUCAACGGAUCGGGUUCGGGUAGAAUCCGACUUGACCCGGCCUUAAACGGGUAGACACUAACCCGACCCAAUUUUACAAACGGGUUAAGAUUGUCAACUCAGACCCGACCCGUGCAGAUUACCGAUGCGUUAUUUAUAUUCCAAGGUUUCCAAAAAUAGUUCCUUUUUAGUGUCUUUAUCAAUAAAGUUAUCUAGCUUUUAUUUAUACACGUGUUGCAGGUGCUGUCUUAAGUAUCUUUGAGAAAUUAAGUAUGCAAUUUUCUAUAAUCAACUAAAAUGAGAUCUACAGUGAAGACAACAAGAGCCUACUCCCAAUACAAGCUUGAGAUAUGCUUUGGACUUGUUCUCCUUUUUCUUUCUCUUCUUCCCCUAAUCAUUUUUGUUAUUGAUUAUACAGUGUGUUUAGUCAAAUUUUUGUGUGAGAUUUUCUUGAUUUUGCUUCUUAUAGUUGUUAGUGGAAGACCUUAUUUCUUUCUUCUGAAUUAGAUUGUAUCGUGUUCAGUUUUGAUCGA